GGCCGCGGAGAGGUGCCGGCGCUGGGGCCGCCUGCCCGCCCUUUUAUCGGGGCUAUGGAGAAGGAAAACCGGUUUAAAUUGUUCAUGCCCCCGCGCCUGAGCACUGGGCAGGUGUCUGCGGGUAGACCCCAGGGUUUUAACAAGUGCUCAGAUGAUGAUUUUAAGUUGCCAUUCGAUAUGUCACACCAUGGUGAAAUCACUGAUUCAGAUACAAUUUCACAGCAAGCAAAACUUUGCUCUGAAGUAGAUGAAGAGUUUGAAAAUGAAAAACUCAAUUUGAAACUGGAAGAUGAGAUAUGUGAAAAUAAAGAUCUCUUGAAAGAAGCCAGUGCUUCGAGGCAUCUGUGUAAUCUGCUCAAGGAAACCUGCACUCACUUCACAGAGAAGACCAGCAAAUAUGAACAGGAAAAAGAAGAAAUGAGACAAUUGUAUGAGGAACUUCAGAGUAACAUAGAACGAAUGACAGUGGCAUUUGAAGAGCUUCGUGUGCAAGCAGAGAACGACAGAUUGGAAAUGAGUUUCAAAUUAAAAGAAGAAGCAGAAAAAAUGGACAAGUUUGAAAAAGAAUGCAAACUGGAAGUCAGUCAGAAGGAAAAGCAGAUUUCAGCUCUUACCAUACAGAGAGAUGAAAAAGAUGGUGUAAUAAAAGACAUCAAGGCUCAGCUGCAGACAUCACAAAAUAAGAUUGCUGACUUAAUAGAUGCAAAAUUAUAUGAAGAAGAAAUGUUAAAGGAAUCCCAGGUCAGUCAAGAACAAUUGAGGGCAGAGCUGGAAGAGGCUAAAAUUUCACUGCAAAAGGCUGAGGUUACUCAAAAGAACUUAGAAACCGAAUUCCAGACUACAGUGAAAACAUUAAUUCAGGUCACUGGAGAAAAGGAAGCCCAGGAGGAAGAAUGUAAAAAAAUGAAGGCUUUGCUUGCAGCCCUGACAGAGGAGUUUGAGACUUCUACUGCCAAUUUGAAAAGCUUGCUGCAAAAUGAGCAAAAUAGAAUAAAGAAAUACGAAGACGAGUCAAAGCUGCUUACCUUGGAGCUCCAAAAGAAGUCUUCUGAACUGGAAGAGAUGACUAAAGUAAAAUGUGACAAAGAAGGGCAACUUGAAGAGCUGUCAGAAAUUCUGAAAGAAAUCCAUGAUUUGAAAGUACAGCUGACUAGUGCAGCUGAAAAGGAGCAAGAUUAUUUAAACCAGCUUUUGACUCUGAAAACAGAUCUUGAACAAGAGGCGUUAAAGAAUGAACAGCUAACAGUGCGUCUCAAUAAGCUUUCACUAGAGAAAGAACAAAUAGCCCGUGAGAAAAAUGUUGUGGCUGCAGAACUCAAGAAACUGCAAGAAGAACAUGAGGUGUUUAUUCAGGAUAGUAAGAAAAAAGAAGAAAAUACAAAGCAGUUAGUUGAAAACCUAGAAGAGGCAAAUGGCCAGCUAAGAAAUGAACUGGAGUCUUUGAAGGAGAAAAUGGCAAAGACAAGUGAAGAGAUUAAAAGUAAACUGGAUGAAAGAGAAGAAAAUGUGGAUAAUUUAAAGAAACAGAUGGAAAAUAAAACCAAAUGCAUUGAAGAGCUGCAGCAGGAGAAUAAGGUGCUGAAAAAGAAAAUCACUGCAGAAAGCAAAAGAACCAGUCUUUAUGAAGGGAAGGUGAAUAAAUUGCAAUUAGAGAUGGAAAAUAUGAACAAGCAACAUAAGGAAGCAGUUGACAUCUAUCAAAAAGACAUAGAAACAAGAAAAGUGAAUGAAAAUAGACUUCAUGAGGAGGUAGAAAAGAUGAGGUUGCUUUAUGAUGAAGCAGCAAUGAUACAGAGAGAAACUGAUAUCCGAUGUCAGCAUAAAAUAACUGAAAUGGUGGCACUUAUGGAAAAGCACAAGAAUGAAUAUGAUAAAAUGGUUGAAGAAAAAGAUGCAGAGUUAAAAGUAUAUAAAAUUAAACAGCAAAAGCAGUUGUCAUCAGAAAGAGCACUGGAAAAUGAGCUAUCGUGUUUGAAAAGUGAACUGUCAUCCCUUAAGGAACAACUGAAAGCAGAAAUUGAAGAAAAGAAGAAUCUUGUAAAAGAGCAGUCUCGAAAUAUGAUUCCUGAAAGUGAAAAGAAACACAAGACAUAUGUUAUAAGGACUCCUCCAAUAGAUAAACAGCCAAGUGGAAAAGGCACAAACCUACCUUCAGAGCAGAGCACAAGGAAAAAGCAAAAAGUGCUUCUCCAGCUAGAUACUCAGUCAGACAGCUCUGAGCACACUGACCUCCUGAGCAUAGUCUCGGAAGAAGAAAUGUUUAAAAACUUAUACAAAGAUUAUCCACAAGCUUCACAAUUACAUUCCACAGCACCAAAAAAGACACCAGUUCCAUCCAGUGUGAAAUCUCCAGGCUCUGCACUGAAACUCAAAACCAUGAGGAGAAUGCGCGACGCUGGGUGGACUACGGUUUCCAAAACGGACAGGAAAAGAAAACUUAAAGAAGUUGUAAAGUUCUUUACUUAAAAUGCAGAAACAGCCAGUGUCCUGGCAUUGCUUACUGGUGCCACCACUGGGUUCUUAUUCUCUCAGUGUUAGUACUUUCUUGUGUUUUUCUGUCCUACUCAGUGCAUUUAAUACUAUGCUCAUUUCCUGUACACAUAUAAACUUUACAGAUUGAUAACUACAUCCCCUUGCAGCAUUUUCCAACUUUCCUCCCUUGUGCUGCAAAAUGUUGGGACACAAAUGAACCAAUUUAAAAUUUUGAAAUAAACACAACUACAUAGGAAGUUGUUUCAAACCUAUUUCUGGCAUUAGAAAUUCUGUUCUUUCAAAUGUACUUUGUUUUUCUUAACACAUAAUACUUAGGGAAAGAAAUGUAGCUGUUAAAAGUAUGCACUUUUACCUGAAGUUCUUUUGCUUUUUCUUGCAUUUUAAUGACUGUUAGACCUGCCUUUUUAGACUGC